CGAAGCUUAUAAAUGUCAUCUUUGGUUUUCACUAUAUUAAUUUCUGUAGUGUAAUUAGCAGCGCGAAGUUUGAAGAUGUUUCUUGAUUGUAUUUGAAAUGUUGUAGUUAGGCGCAAUAAGAAUAUAUGUAAAGUCGAUUAACAAAUGGGAGAUCUGGAUAUAUACUGCAAUUUCAGUAAAUGUCGGAAACGUUUGAGCAGAAUUGCUUGGAUAACAAGUUGUUCCCAUGCAUUUUGCGAAGAACAUGGUGAUAGUGAAUUUUCACAAAAGCUUGAUGACGUGAAAACAUGUCCAACAUGUUCCACCUCUUUGUCUAAUAAGUAUGAUAUUGUUAAAGUGGAUUUGAAUCCAUCACCACAGUUCAGAUCGAUGGUUUUAGCUGGAUUGCGUCCUGAAAUUGUAUUUGAUAUUUCCAAUCGUGCUUUGGCAUUUUGGAGUUACCAAAUUUACAUGGAAAUUCUCUAUCAGUCAUCAGCAGCAAAGAGAUCAAGAGACAAAAUAACACAGCUUGAAGAAUAUUAUGAAAGUAUAGUGAUAAAGCUGAAAACAGAUAUUCAGGCUCGUCGUAGAAAGGAAGAAGAACUGAAGAAAGAAUUAACUAAACAGACUCAAAGAUCAGAAGAAUUAAUAGAACGACUUAAUGAAAUGCAAAGGCAGUUUAAUUCUGUGCAAGCAUCCUAUGAGGCUCUGCGUCGUACACAACUAAAUUUCGUCAAAGCUAAUGAAAAGGAACAGGCGAACAACUUCCGCUGUCAUGAGAAUGGCAAGACUGGAUUGCAUUUCUCUCUUGGUCCCACCACAUUAGACACAUUGCAUCCAAGAACUUCAUUACAAGACCAAAAGAUCCAAUUCAACAAGGGAGAUUUAAGGGCUGAAAAUGAUGCUGAAGAAUUCACAUUCAAGCCAGUAACACCAUCGCCUGAUGCGACAAGACAGUGGAGAAAUCCUCUUGUGAAACGACAAAGAAAAUAGAAUUAAAAUGUGGACUCUUUUGACACUGGAUAUGAGGAUGCAAUGAAGACAAGUAUUAUUUUAUAUAAAUUUGGACUUAUUUCCAUUUGAAGACCAGUGUGUGUUGUAUUUCAUACCUUAAUUUUUGGCAUGUAUACAGUUUUGUUAAGUAGAAUUUGCACAAAUGACUCUUUAUCAACAACAAAUUUGAACAAAUCACUCACAUCACAGUAAUUUUUUCCUCUUUUUAAGGACAAUGCAUAUUUUGUGGCAACUGUUGCAGUUAGGCUGUUUUCUCUAAUUUACAUUUAAAACCAUUAAAAGUAAUAUAUUAACAUAGCACAGAGAAAAUGUGGAAGAACGAAAUAAAAUCAAUGUUGUGCUGUAAAAACAAUAUAUUUUCUUGUGGAUACAAAAAUGUGCACUGCCACUGUGAUUUUUUAUUAUUUAUUUCAUAUGAAUAAUUUGAAAGACCUGUUGAAAGUGGAUAAACUUUGUAUAAAUAUUUCUACAACUGUGUAGCUCAUUGGAUUUCAUCACAAUAAAUAUUUUCUGCAUUGAGCACUACAAACAACCUUGUCUACACUCUUGACAUGUGUCUUCUUGAAUACCAGAGAGCAACCUUACAGCAAUUAACUGAUAUUCUUUAAUUAUCAACAGAACUUUUAUGUUUCCAUUAGUGUUCACGUCUUUGGUAUUUUUAAUGGUGUUAUAUGUACCUCAUUAAGAAGAUCAGAGACUUGCUGUUCCCAAC